AUGCCUUCUCCUAAGCGCACUGUUCUCAUCACCGGCUGCUCUGAUGGCGGCAUGGGUGCUGCACUGGCUCUUGCCUUCCACAAGGCUGGCUUCAACGUUAUCGCCACUGCCCGCAACCCUGACAAGAUGGCCGAUUUGAAGUCAGCUGGUGUCGGGACUAUGGCCCUUGACAUUUUGUCUGAUGCUUCGAUUGCAGAAGCUGUCUCCAAGGUCUCCAGCUUGGAUAUCCUCGUCAACAACGCCGGUACCUCUUACAGCAUGCCCAUCACAGAUAUGUCCUUUGAGGAGGGCAAAAAUCUCUUCGAGAUUAAUGUCUGGGCUCAACUCAACGUCACCCGCGCAUUCUUGCCUCUUCUCCUUAAAUCCAAGGGCAUCAUCGUCAACCAGACCUCGGUCGUCUCCACCAUGGCCGUGCCCUUCCAAUCUGCCUACAACGCCUCCAAAGCCGCCAUGGCUAUCUUCUCUGACUCUCUGCGUCUCGAGCUCGAACCCUUUGGUGUCACCGUUGUCGAGCUCAAGACCGGUGCCGUCAAGACCAACAUGAUCAAGAACCAAAAAGAGAACACCCCAAUCUCUCUACCCGCCGACUCCAUCUACAAUCCUGCUAAGGAAGCUGUUGAGAGCGCUAUGCGAAACGAGAAGAUGGGUGAUUUGGGUACCCCUCCUGACCGCUGGGCCGCUGAGGUUGUGGGCGACUUGACCAAGAAGAAGAUCCCGGCUAUGAUCUGGCGCGGAUACAAUGCCAAGGCUGGUCGACUUGGAACGAUUUUCCCUCAUGGAAUGAUGGAUUCAACCCUCAAGAAAAUGACUGGUUUGGAUGUUCUCGAGCAGAAGAUUAAGAAAUAG